AUGGGUCGCUCUCAGGAGCUCAGUGAAUUCAAGUGUCAUACUGUGAUAGGUUGUCACCUGUGCAAUAAGUCCGUCUGUGAAACUUCCUUGCUACUAAAUAUUCCACUGUCAACUUUUAGUGGUGUUAUAACAAAGUGGAAGCAACUGGGAACAACAGCAACUCAGCCACCAAGUGAGCAUUUAGAAGUCGCCAACUGUCUGCAGAGUCAAUAGCUAAAGACCUCCAAACUUUGUUGAAGGGAACUCUUAAAGCAUCAACAUACCAAGACAUUUUGAAUUAUUUAAUGCUCCCAACAUUGUGGGAAAAGUUUGGGGAUGGCCCCUUC